GAUUGCCCGCGUUGAUGAGAUUUCAUUUAAUCUCCCUUAGAAAAUGACUAGUCAACCACCAGUCCAGGAAAUGAGGUAGUCGGCUGUAGUCUAGUCCCUGAGUGAUCAUCCGUUGGCCUCCUUUUUCUACGCCUCCUCCGCCCUCUUUUCUACCUCUUCUUCCCUCUCUUUUCUCUUCUUUACUUCUCUCGCUCUCUCUCUCUUCUCUCACCCCACGCACUCGCUGUUUCACCUUUACAAUUCCGGUCUCCGCGCCGAUUACGUUCUUUAUCUCGACACAGUCGAUCAAUCCCGUCAAUUCGUCACUCUUUUUGACACCAAUAUAAACUCAGCGCAAAUCAAUUCUCCGCCAAUCUCGAGCCCACCACACACACACAACCACAAACACACCAAAUCCAUAGACCACCCGUCAAUCAUUCAUCAUGCGUGUCUCUUCUGCUGCUGUCGUCGCCUCCCUGGCUGCCGGUGCCAUUGCGACCGAGUACAAGACCGUCGUUGUGACUGAGUAUGCCACUUACUGCCCUCAGGCCACUUCUCUGGCUGCUGGUCCCGGUACUGCCAGCCAGGGUAACCCCUCUGCUGCUCAGCCUUCCACCGUCACCAUCUCCGGCACUGCCUACACCUACAGUACUCCUCUGGUCACCUCCACUGUGACCCACUGCGACAAGUGCUCUGCCACCGCUGCUCCUGCGACUGAGACUGGUGUUGCUGUUGUCACUGGCACUGGUGCCACUCCCAGCACGGGCUCCGGCUCCAGCUCCGGCUCCCCUAGCUCUGGCUCCGGCUCCGAAGCCUCCCCUAGCGGUGCCGAUGCCGUUGGCACUGGCCCUACUCCCAGCUCCAGUUCCGGCUCGACCCCCGGAUCCACUGGUUCUGAGACCUCCCCCAGCGGUGCCUCCUCUGGCAACACUGGUUCUACUCCCAGCUCCGGCUCGGGUUCCUCCGGUUCUAGCUCCGGCUCUGACGGAGCCACGGGAGCCCACCCCCAGGGAGUCAAGCCCACCCCCGGCCCCAGCGGAAUCUUCUCGACCCGCCCCGUGAUCCCCUCCGGCCGUCCUUCCUCCUCCAAGCCCAUCCCCUCCGCCUCCGCCAGCCCCGUGGCCAGCGCUAGCUCCAGCUCCAGCUCUUCUUCUUCCUCCAGCACCGGCUCCUCCCCCGAGGGUGUCUCCGCCCAGGGCACUGGUUCCAGCUCCGGCUCGGCCACCAGCCCCUCCGCCCCCGUCUUCACUGGCGGUGCUUCCCGUGCUGCCGUCGGCGCUGGUGCCGGUCUCGCCACCGUCUUCGCUCUCGUCGCCUACCUGUUGGGGACGGCUCUUGUUGUCUAG